AAAACACUGAAUAUGAAGACAUACAGUUCCAGCUUAUCCUCUUUUAUUGAGACCCUCAUUGCUUCACAUUUAUUAACUUUUCAACUAACUCCAGUUUGUGCUCUAUAAUAAAUAAUAGUGCUUUGUGUUAGGAUCUAAGGGUCUAAGUAUAUGCUUUCACACAUUCGUUAAGCCUCUAUAUAAAUCCCUGGACCCUUUUGUUGCUACUCCCUACUUGUUUGUAUAAAAAACCCAUUUGUGUUUAGAACCCAAAAUGGCAAAACUUUCUCUGAUUCUCUUUGUUCUGUAUGUGUCUGCUUCAGCUAUAGCCAUGGCCAGAAACCUUGGAGAGGAAUAUAGUGAUGACACACAGUUCGUUAAAGCGUCUUGUGAGACAACAACUUACCCGGAACUAUGCUUUCAGUCUCUGUCUUCAUAUGCAAGCGAGAUCAAGAAGCGGCCUCGUCAGCUCGCUGAGACGGCGCUUGCUGUUAGCUUGUCCCGAGCAAAGGCAGCCAAAACCUAUGUCUCGGACAUGACUGACUAUAAAGGAAUCACGAAGAGGCAGCACGAGGCUGUCGUGGACUGUGUAGAAGAGAUGGGAGAUAGUGUUGACAGGUUGAGAUAUUCGCUGAAGGAACUGAAGCAUUUGGAGGAAGGCGAAAGCGGACAAGACUUCUGGUUAUGUAUGGGCAAUGUCCGGACAUGGACGAGUGCGGCUUUGACAGAUGAGACCACAUGUCUUGAUGGGUUUGGAGGGAAAGCCAUGAAUGGAGAGCUGAAAAGCUUAAUCAGGGAACACAUUUUGCGUGUGGCGCAAGAUACCAGCAAUGCAUUGGCUUUGAUCAAUGUCUUUGCUUCCAAGCAUUGAUAAUAUUGCUAAGGCUUGGUCUUGGAUUUGGUUUCCUUUGUGUGUUUCAAGAAAUGUGUCCUUUGUUUGGUUUUGAGUUAAAAUCAGUUUCGCUUGUCACAUUGUUAUAUCAUCAACGAGCUUGCGAAGUCUAAAGCUGUUGAUUUUGAUUAAUGAAAUUAUAUAUAGAUUUGUAAGCCAUGUAGAC